AUGGGGUUGCUCAAAAUUCUUCGACAACCCACGACCGGUUUUGCCCUUUUUGGGGCUCAUCAGCAUAGAGGUCGUCUUUAUGUAUCCACUGGCUCGCCAUUGUCAGUUCUGAGACCUGUAUCAAACUUGGAUGAUGGUCGCUUUCAUCGAAUACGUGGUUUCCGAGCGGAUACUCAGUUCUGGAUAGAAGUGGAUGGACAGCUGGUUAACUACACGGUUCAAAUUGUUACGAUAUUCGAGAUUAUGUUGAUGAAAAUUCUUUCACAGCGCACGACCCGUUUCACCCUUCUUGGGGCUCAUCAGGUAGGCACAGUUCCCGAAAUUCCGUCAACCUUAGGGAGUCGGCAAACUUUCACCUCUGGAACACUGAAUGUGUUUAUAGGCCACUCCGGAAUUCCUCACUUCAAUGACAACUUCAAGGGAUAUUUAAGCGGCAUAACCUAUAAUGGCUUGAAGCUUCUGGAUGUUGCAUUCGAUGCUGGCUACAGACCAGAUAUUCGUGUGAUUCGUUACGGACGAACCGAUCUGGUGCCUAAUUUUCAACCGAAUGUUGCACCACACAGUCCGUUUUUCAAUGACAAGAAACCGCAGUUAUCAAAAACAUUUCCAAAAUUCCCGGCAGCAGCCAGCAUUUUCAACAGUUCCUGGUCUUAUCACCACAUGAUCCCAAGAAUGAAUGUGAGUGAGCCAUAUCUUACCGCGCGGCUUUCAGGACCGCACAGUUCCCAGUGGAGAGAAACAGUGAAUCCUGAACAGAUAGCCCAAUAUUCUGUCAGUCAUCUGAGGUACCAAAUUGGCCUAUGGCUGCUGACAGGAGUGGUAGUCCUGGGGGUGGUCCUGUGUUGUACCAUAGUCUAUUUAAUAGUCCGGUGUCAAAUCUGUAAUUCACGCAGCCAGGUUUUAUCCAACAAGACUGUUUAUCAUGAAGAAAUUCCACGGGCAACAAGCACGACUGUGACUGCUCAACGACCUCUUUCUGAGCUCUCCAGCUUUAAUCGGGAUCAGGGACAAGCGGAGAGCACGACGACAUCAGCAACUGCUGUCCUGCUGAUGGACAAACCAGGAUUCCAACAGGAAGUUUUAAACUCCCAACUUUUCUAA